CUAAGUUCCAUAAAAUGAAUGAACCCCAAAACCUCUUUCAAAGACUUGAGUCUCAUCUCUCUCUCUCUCUCUCUCUCUCUCUCUCUUCAAACCCAGAAAAAACCUAGCUAAGAGAAAAAGCUUUCUUUCAGAGCUAUCUCUGUGUCUCUUCUUCUCCUUCAAUUUUUCCAUGUCUGAUGAAGCUAGAGAUCUCUUUCACCAUAACCCAUUUCACAACGAUGGAAGAACAGGUUUCCAGCAAUUCUCUCAGGCUCAUCAGAGUCAUUAUCCUUACAUGUAUAACCAAACUGUUCAUGGGGUUGGAGAGACUUCAGCUCUGGAUCUGUCAGCUCGUGGUUCUGAUCCAUCUCUCAUGUCCUUCACUGACUGUUUACAUGGUUCAAUCGAUUACAAUUCAGUAGCAAGAGCUUUCGACUUUUCGUGUUCAUCAUCACCUGAUUUGUUUCCUUCAGAUACUACUUCUUCUCAGAAGUUGGGUGGUGGUGGUGGUGGUGGUGGUAAGGGUGAUUCAGUGGUGACUGGUGACAUUUCAGCCACUGUGAAUUCAUCUGUUUCAUCUUCUUCUAGUGAAGCUGCAGCUGAAGAAGACUCAGGGAAAAGCAAGAAAGGUCAUCAAGAGUCUACAGGAUCUGAAGAAGUCUCAGAAAAGUCUAAGAAAGUGAACAAACAGCCCAAAAAGAAAGGAGAGAAGAGGCAAAGAGAACCGCGAUUCGCUUUCAUGACUAAAAGUGAGGUUGAUCAUCUUGAAGAUGGAUACAGAUGGAGAAAAUAUGGGCAGAAGGCUGUCAAGAAUAGUCCCUACCCAAGGAGCUAUUAUAGGUGCACAAGCCAGAAAUGCACAGUGAAGAAACGCGUCGAGCGAUCAUUUCAGGAUCCGUCGAUUGUGAUUACUACAUAUGAAGGCCAACACAUCCAUCCUAUCCCAUCGGCACUUCGAGGAAAUGCGGCUGCCGGACUAUUUGCACCUUCUAUGUUAACAGCACUGCCUCAAGGACCAAUCUUCCCUCAAGAACUACUGAUUCAAAUGCCUCAUCAUCACACUAAUAGCCAAGGUGACUCAAGCUCAAUGUACUCACAAAAUUUAACUACUCUUCAGCAGCUCCAGUUUCCUGACUAUGGUCUUCUGCAAGACAUAGUACCUUCCUUCAUUCCAAAACAACAACCAUGAUGAAACCUCUACUACUACUACUACUACUACGACUACUUAUCUCUUAUCCUACUUACAUUGUACAUGUAUUAAAUUUUCCAUCAUGAACCUAUGUUUAGGGCAUUAAAUUCAUCUUUUGACUUAUUAGAACCCAAAUAUUCUUCUUGAUCUUAAAAAACCCACUUCAGUUUUGU